UUUUAGUCAUUUUUACAAAUUUACGGAGUUAUAUGUUAAAUGUGAAAUAAAGAUAUGGAUUACAUACAGAAAUUCACAGGUUAUAUAUUUCUAUUGCUAUGUGCUUGCCAUGUUUGUUUGUCUGUAGAGAUUAAAAUUUUGGACAGCUCACGUACUGAGUUAGGAGAAGGUCCAUAUUGGCGUUAUCCGAACCUCUACUACACCGAUUUGGUUACAGGCAACUUAUAUCGGCAUGACACAAUCACAAAUCAAACUUUCAGAUGUAAAAUACAUGACGAAAAUCGUACUUCAUUCAUAAUUCCAUACCGGAAAUCUAAAGACUUAUACGUAGUCGGUCUUGGCAAAAAGGUGGCAAAGAUACAAUGGGAUGGGCAUAGCCCACACUGUAAACUAAUAAGAAUAUUAUUUGAAAUAAGAAAUAAAGAUAAACAUAUUUGGAUUAAUGAUGGAAAAUGUGUCGCUAAUGGAACUCUUUUUACUGGAAGUGCAAGUUGUAACUUUUCCCGGCCCUAUCAAAAUUUAUACAAAUAUGAAGGAGGUGGUGCUCCAGAAAUCAUUAAGCCAAAUGUUAGCUUAUCAAAUGGUUUGGCAUGGAAUUAUAAACGGAGUGAAUUGUAUCAUGUGGAUAGUGGAGCCAAUACGAUCACACAAUUUGGUUUUGACCAAAAUGGCGAUAUUACAAGUAAUCCGAAAAUUGUUUUUAAACUCGAUAAAAGAGCAAUAUCCUGUAGUAGUGAAGAUAUGGCUGUUAUGGACGGGAUGACAAUUGACACUGAUGGGAAUCUAUAUGUCGCCAUUUUUGGCGGUAAGAAAGUCAUAAAAAUUUGUACUCGAAAAUGGACAAUAAUAAAAAUCUAUGAAAUGCCAUGUGCUGCUGUAUCUUCAGUUUCUUUUGGUGGACCUAAUAUGGAUAUUCUUUAUGUAACAUCAGCUGCAAACCUUUUGGGUUUAGCACGUUUUCCUAAGCCUUGUGGAGCUGUAUUUAGUGUUCAUAAUAUUGGCGCUAAAGGUUUAAGGCCUGAUGAAUGUUCAUUCACAUAAUCUACAAGACAUCUAAUAUUGAAAGUUGGAAAAAACAAUUUUAAGCAUAUAGUAAUAUAUAUUUGUUUAAAAAAGCGUAACUGAUUAACUGUUUUG